UUUGCAACUGCCAAGAAAAGAAGAAAGUGACGUCAAUGCGGAAGUGGCUGCAUGUUUUCCUUUUUCAUUCAGUGGAUUAUUUCUGUUCAUCGAGACGAUUGAGGUCGUAAUGUUCAGGUUAACAGUGAGUUUAGGUUACCAGUCUGUUAGUUAAGGUUAUUUCUAAAGUCCUGUUAGUUGACCUGGUUAGUUAAGGUUAACAGUGUGUUAGUUAAGGUGAAGUUAAAGCCUGUUAGUUGACCUGGUUAGUUAAGGUUAACAGUGUGUUAGUUAAGGUGAAGUUAAAGCCUGUUAGUUGACCUGGUUAGUUAAGGUUAACAGUGUGUUAGUAAUGACAGAGAGGAGCAGUGCACCCCCGGCUGCUCGCACCAUGCUGCAGCAGUGUCUUCAGGCCAGACUCCAGGUGACACCAGCAGAGGAACAGUCCCACGCUCAGUUUGUCCAGAUCGACAGAGGAAUGGUGAUCUACAUCUGUUUCUUCAAAGGAGCCACAGACGACAUCUUGCCCAAGAUGGUGUCCACUCUGUUGAACCUGCGGCUGUGCGAGUCCGACUCGGGGAAGAUGGUGUCGGUGCUGGAGCUCCCCGGCAACCUGCUGAUCGUCCCUCAGGCCACGCUGGGCGGCAAAGUCAAAGGCAGGGCCAUGCAGUACCACAACAACAUCGGCAAAGAGGAGGGGCUGCGGCUGUACGGCGCCUUUGUUUCUCUGUGUGAGAAGGAGCUGACGGCUGCUUCAGCUGAGGUGACGGUGAAACACGGGACGUAUGGGAACAGACAAGUGCUGAAGCUGGACACCAAUGGACCGUACACACAUCUGAUGGAGUUCUGAACUCUUGGAGUUAAAGUUGCACACUUAAUGCCAUAGUUGAAAUUAGUUGUUAGUUAAAGGAUCCUUCUGGUAUUACCAAACAUAUUUCACGAUAUUUUCAUUUUUUGAGAUGCACGUGUAGAGAUGGAGCUUUUUGAUUAUCCCCCUGUUAGAAGCCACCAGACUCCAUGGACCGAAACUAUAAUUUUACAGAACACAGGAGUUGGUCUUCUUCUGCCUGGGUCAUUUUCUGAGGUUCUUAUGUGACUAUGUGAAACUGAUCAGUUCUGUGUCGGACUGUGACCGACUCCUCUUCACCCAACGUCAGGGAUCAUGUGUGUGAAUGUGAGCAAAAUCCCUACAGUAGAACAGCAUCCAAUGUGACAGCAGCAGAGUAACGUGCAUGUAGCUGGAACCAUGUGUGUUUACAUACUUUGUUGUGUUGUGUAUUUGGUGAAGCUCAUUUUUUGGUUCUCUUGGCUCAUGGAUCACUGCGGCAGCCGACAAUAAUGAUCCUGGAGACUGAUUCAAAAUAUGUGUGUUGAUGACAUUAGUCCUCCGGACCUGCAGGGGGCGCUCUGCUCUGGUUCAGGAAACGGAAAUGAACAUUUUGAAAGAUUUGGUUACUGCAGCUUUUACAACCUGCACUUUCUUUAUUUGUCAAGUUAUCAGCAAGUUUCCUGAAUGCAACUUCUGGUUCAUCAUUUUCCUCCAAAGGCUAACAUAAUAAAAACAUGUUUCAAAGGUUUUAUUGCAAGAUACAAAUUCAACAGGCAACAAUAACUAAAACUGAGCUAAAAACUAAUUAGUGAAACAAUUCAAAAUUUAUAAACUAAACUAUAGGUGAGUGAAUGGAAUCUAAUGUAUCGUCUCUGUGGAAACUAACCCAGUGAUACUGCUGACAAGGAUUCAUAUUACAGGGCUUUUCCAGUUUUUAUCAGGUUCAUCAGAAUCUAAAUAAAACAAUAGUACCUUUCAAAAAUAUACUGAGUAUCUGGUUCUUAGCAAUUUACAUUUGUGUGAAAAAAAGUCUAUGUUUAAAAAGGGCAGUUAACUGAGUACAACUGGGUAAAAGGGGCAACCACUGUUGGACAACAUCUGCAACACUGGAUAUUUGAAGAAUUCAUAUUUGAUCCACUGUGUUUUUGGUCGAUCACAUUAAAUGUAAACUUUUUACACACAAUACACCUAUUGACUGUAGUUUUGCUUUUUGUAAAUAGGGUUUAAACAUCUUUUAAAUAAACAUAAAUGCACUUUAA